UCUCUCUCCCUCCUCGACCGACUCACUCUCUCCAACUUGGGUUCCUUCGCCUCCUUUCUGCCAGAGUUGCCCUGACCCACGUCUCUCGCUCCCUCUCCAGCCGACAUAACGACUUCUUUUCCCUGAUCCCCAGUGUUGUCUUUGACAGCAACCGUCGUCGAGAUGGCUCCCACCGGGAAAAGAGUGUACAACUGGUACAUCUCCUUGAUGGCCGCCAUGUGCAUGGUUCUCUACGGCUACGACGCCUCCGUCUUCAACUCCCUCCAGGGCUCGCAGAACUGGCUCGCCUGGGUCGACGUCGACCUCAAGAGGGACACCCAGCUCAUCGGCCUCGUCAACACCGCCUACACCAUCGGUGCCAUCGUCGCCGGUUUCUUCAUUGGCGGCCCCAUCGCCGAUUACCUCGGACGCCGCUGGGGCAUGGCCAUCGGCUGCAUGGUCACCAUCGUCGCGACCCUCAUGCAGACCUUCACCCCGCACCACAAGAUCGGCGUCUUCAUCGCCGGCCGUGUCAUCAUCGGUCUCGGCCAGGGCAUGGCCCUGACUGCCGGCCCUGUCUACAUCGGCGAGGUCGCCCCCUCGGAGAUCCGUGGCCACAUCAUGGCCUGCUGGCAGAUGUUCUACUCCGUGGGCAGCUUCAUCGCCUACUGGAUCAACUACGCCUGCUCCAAGCGCCGCGCACAGCUCGGCGAGUGGGACUGGCGCAUGGUCGUCAUCUUCCAGAUGCUCGUCCCCAUCAUCAUCAUCAUCGCCCUGCCCUUCCAGCCCGAGAGCCCGCGCUGGUAUAUCCAGAAGAACGACAACGUCGAGGCCGCCCGCGCCGCCCUCAUGCGCAUCCGCGACACCGAGCAGGAGGUCGAGGAGGAGCUCCUCCAGAUCCGCGAGGCCAUCGAGUACGAGAAGGAGGCCAUCAGCAGCAGCUACUCCGCCCUCUUCAAGGACCCCUCCGUCCGCAAGCGCCUCUACCUCGCCUUCGCCCUCAACGUCGGCCAGCAGCUCACCGGCCAGGGCACCCUCAACUCGUACUCGACCGCCAUCUACAAGAAGGUCUGGCCCUCCAACGACACCAUCAACCUCAUCAACGCCCUCAACGCCACCAUGGGCAUCUUCUUCACCCUCAACGCCAUGUGGACCGCCGACCGCUUCGGCCGCCGUUGGCUCUUCAUGGUCGGCGCCGCCGGCAUGGCCGUCUGCAUGCUCAUCGUCCCCAUCGUCGGCAUGAAGACCCCCACCGCCGCCGACGGCACCAAGAGCGAGCCCGUAGGCAUUGCCAUUGUGUUCCUGCUGUUCCUAUUCAUCUUCUUCUACAAACCCACCUGGGGCGCGACGACCUGGAUGUGGACAGCCGAGAUCUUCUCCGUCAACGUGCGCGCACAGGCCGUCGGCAUGUGCUCGCAGAUGCAGAACGUCGCCAACACCAUCUUCCAGCAGUUCUUCCCGACCUUCCUCGCCAACGAGGGCCUCAACUGCCUCUUCUUCUUCAUGGCCAUGAACCUGGUCCUCGGCGUCUUCGUCUACUUCUGCAUCCCUGAGACCAAGCAGAUCCCGCUCGAGCAGAUGGACCGCCUCUUCGGCGGCGCCGACCACACCGAGAAGGGCGGCCAGAUGCUCGGCGUCGCCGGCCACGACGGCGCCCACGACGCGCACGACCGGGCCCCCGGGAGCAAGGACGGGGCGGAGGUGCAGCAGUCUGAGCGGAGGCAGGUUGUUUAAGGAGGUUGGAUCGAGAGAGAGAGAGAGAGAGAGAGAGAGAGAGGGAGUAAUGAGUAACGCGGAUUGGUGUACUAUUAUCACAGCACAUCGAGUCACCCGGCAGUGGUCGACCGUUGUCGCAUUAUACCCCAGAUUGUGGAAUUAAUAGGUUGCCAUGUGCCAUUCCCAACUCUUGAUCCGGAACCCCAAAUGAACCCCCGUCUAC